UUCCUUUGUUCCGGUGUGUUCCGCUUAGAUGGUGGAAAGAUGAUUGAAGCCGAACUUGAAGUGUUUGUUUCCGAGCGGCUACAUGCUGCUGCCUCUGAAAUAAUGGGUGUUUUUAAAAAGACGUUAAAGGGUUACGAGCAGCAGGCGGCCCGACUCAAGGAGGAAAACCAGCGCAACCGUUCGCUGUUGGACAUGAUCCUUAAAGCUCAGAAAGGUCGCCCCAUGAAAAGCAACCGGGAUGUUGUUGGUCCAGUUGCAUCCUUUUCAAGUACUGUCAGCAAGGUCGAAAACAUCCAAUGCUCCAAUAGUGGCUUGCGGUGUGUCUUCUCUUCACGCAACGACUUACUAAAGCAUGCAAGUGGUGGCAACUGUUCCUACUGCUUGAAGAGUGUUCCAGCCACUAAGACGCAUUUGAUAGAAAAACAUUAUCUAAAUGCAGUCCAUUUGACUGAUAAUGGCACUGAAAAAUGUGUGAUCCCAUGUACGUGCAAAGAUUUUAGCCAAGGCAGAAGUCACUGGCACUGCCCAUGUUGCACGAGGAUCAUUAGCCGGAGAACCAACUUUCAGGUGCACAUCUCUAAACAACCUGGGUAUGCAAUACUGCAGAAAAGCCAAGAUGCAGUCAUAGAUAGGCCCAAUGUCUCUGCCUUUGAGGAGGUCCCCCUGAUUCUUGGAUCUUGUAGUGAAAAGGACCAACAAGUGAGUCAUCCCGAGUGCCAGGACUCAGUGCAGAUCGAAGUGAAGCAAAUGCAACAAAGUAACAGUAUAUUGAGCUUUGUGGCAGAUCAUGCCUCUUUAAUUGUUUGUUCUAACAGUUAUACUCAAGAUCUCAGCAAAACAUUGAACACUGUGGAAAGUGGCAAAGCAAAACCCCUUCCUAAUUCUUCAAAUCAACCUCUGGAGACGCAGCCUGAUGGUGGGGAUGGUGGAAUAUUGCAGCCAGCUGGGGAAUCUCAGCACCACAAACUUUGUUCUAGUGUAAAGUCAUCCAAGAGGAAUAUGCAAGUGAAAAGACAUUUUAGUUUAAAGAUUAAUAAGUCAACCAAACUAUCUGUCAGUCAAAAUCCCAAAGGUCCUCAUAUAUGUAAAGCAUGUGGAAAGCCUUUCCAUUACAUGUACAAGCUAAACACACACACACAAACACACGCACUGGAUAAAACCAAGAUUUGUGGAAUCUGUGGAAAACAUUUGGAGUCUAAAGAGAGUUUCGUCAAGCACCUUCACAGCCACACAAAGAGAAACAAAAGUGGUGUAUGUGGGGCAAAAGGCAUCGCAGAUUUCACAGACCAAGGGGUCUAAAUAUCAAGUCUCCAACCAACAAACAAAAACUUCUGUGAUCCUUGUUUUAGAUAAGUGUACUUAUGGGAAAACUAAUUGAGUUCUAGUGCUGUCCAAAAUAUCUCUAGCCAGAUUUUCAUGAAAGACUUAUUGCAAUUUUGGUUAUGGGAAAUGAAUGAAAGAGUCUACAGCAAAGUUUGGUUAAAACGUCAAUGGCAAUGCUGGUCAUGUGGGGGCUUCACAUUUCUGUUUAAUGGACUGUCCUCCCAACCAAUCAGUGAGUGUAUGAGCUGGCCGUAGUGUUUUACUGAUGAGUGCAGUUGGUUGACUGCUGUGUUUUGAUCCCAACUUGCAAGUUUUGUCAUAUCUGUCCCAUAAAGUGGUGAGUGUGUCCAUGGCAGAAAGGAAGGGAGCGGGGGAAAGACUUGAGUUCCAGUGCUGUGCAAAAACUCAAAUGUGUUUUGUAUAUAAUUGUUUUCCCAUACAGUUUUGUAGACCUGAAUAAAAAAUAUUCAAACUCAAAUCUA